AGAGGAAAAGCCUCGAAGGCGGGGAGCGAGUGGAGGCGCGGGUUGUACCAUUAGUGCGUCUGAGAGGGGGAUAAGAGUGGAGGAGGAGGAGGAGCACAUUCGUUCUUUGGGGUGAUAAAGUGUACGCUUCACCUCGUUUAGCGUGAAUGACAAAAAAGCCAAUGUAAAUUUCUACACAGCAUCCAGCCUGUGCUUUAUCUUCCAACACCCGUAAUUAUGGUGAACAUCAUGCAGUAUGUGCGAGAAUGCUGGGCCAUGACAUUGGUCCCCUUAGGCUUCAUGGUGGGAUGGUACUUUGACAAGAGGGAGGAUGAGAAACUGUCAGCUUUCAGGAACAAGAGCAAAUUGUUUCAAAGGGAAUUGAAACCUGGGGAAGAAGUUACGUGGAAAUAAUGACAGACUUAUAAGGCUUCUGUGCAAUUAAACCUGCUUAUAGUAA